CCUGGUGGCCACGAACGCCGCCCGCUUCCGACUCCUCGCUGGUCCAGAUGUGAAGCUGAUGGAGAUGGGGCUCCGUCGCGCUCAGGGGCCGGACGGUGCCCUUUCGGCUUCCAAGUACUCCUACAUCGGGGGCUUCGACUGCACCAGCAACAUCCUGGCGGGGAAGCUCUACGGCAUCCCGGUGCGCGGCACCAUCGCCCACUCCUUCAUCAUGUCCUUCACCUCGCUGGAGGAGGUGCAGCCCCGGGAGCGGCUUUGCGAAAAUCUGGGACGGCGGUACCGGGCCAUCGGGGUGCGCCUGGACAGCGGGGACCUGGCCCAGCAGUCCAAGGAGAUCCGCCGAGCGCUCCGAGCCUGCGGUGCUCACUUCCAGGUGCCCUGGUUUGAGAGGAUCCCCAUCGCUGUGAGCAAUGACAUCAGCGAGCAGAGCCUGGAGGAGUUCAGGCGAGAGGAGAGCGAGAUUGAUAUGAUCGGCGUCGGGACGAACCUGGUGACGUGUCCCCUGCAGCCAUCGCUGGGCUGUGUUUAUAAG